UUUUUUGUUCGCGGCACCUGUUGGCGAUGCAUCCAGCACUUCAACUGGUGAAUGCCGUGGCAUUGCUCUCCUGGUCUUUGCUGCUGCUCCAUGCCGUCGCACCAGCUGCCGGGCCGUUUGGCGGCAAUGCAGGCCUUCGCGCGGACAACGCGCGGUCGCUCUUCCUGGUGCUGCAGGGGCUGAUGGCGACGGAGGUGGUGGCCAUCACCUCCUCGCGGAAGCUCAGCAUCGGAAACUUGAUGCAGACCAUGCUCGGCGUCCUGAUUUGCCUUUUCCGCAUCAGCUGUGCGAUUUUGGUGGUCCCUUUCUUGGAGAAUGCCCUACUGCAGAAGGUGCUGUUGGCUGGAUGGUCCUUCUCUGAUACGGUGCGCUACUCUGCCCUACUAGGCAAAGACGUGCGUUUCCUGCAGCUCUUGCGUCGUUUCUGCUCCGCGCUGCUCUUCCUUCUCGUUGCCUCGGCGGAGAUCGCGGCCUGCUGGACGGUGCUGGAGACGGUCGCGACGACGGCGAAGGCGCUGCUACAAGUUCAGAUCAUAGUGACAGCACUGGGUCUUCCGGUCGGAACGAUGAUGUUUCUGAAAUCAGCCAUGAAAUCCAAGAGCAAAGACUCUAAGGAAGAAUGAUGGAAAAGUGAAAAAUGUAUACCCUCUGGUAAACAGC